GUGAUAAACGCGUGGAAAUCGUACAAAGCAGCUGCGGAUGUCGCCGCCGCCUCAAAUGCCGCACUCACAAACGAAGAAAAUAGUAUAAACGCAGUAAUACGCUGAAAAUUUUUCGCCGCGUAUUUUGGCGACGACGUCGACGACGGUGGCGUUUGUAACUGCGCGCUUUUGUGUGUUUGUGUUGUACUCGGGCUCUGCCUUUUAGCCUUUUCUUUUGGUGGUGCCGGCGCCGCCACCGACGCUGCUUUUGGGCCCGCGACGAGGAGCCCGAGCACACAGAAAUAUUGUGCGUGCUUCCAUCGGCUUUUAUGUAGCACUGCGAGUGUAAGUGUGUGAGUCUGUCAGUGUUUUGCUGUAUGUCCGCUUUUUAUUUGUGUGUGCGCACGUGUUUGUAUGUGACGUUUGUUUGUGCCCGCCCAAUCGCGCACCGAUUACAAUUCUCGCUCUGGCUUUACCAUUCCACUGUGUGACUGACUCUUCUUCAUUUGUUGUACGCUUUUUCUCUCCGUCUCCGGUCGGUCCAUCGGUCCCAGUCCGCGGCGGGUCCUCGUACGUUUCUUCUACUUUCAACGACUGCAGUGCAUCGAGUCGAGGCUAGCGUGCGUACGUCUUUCUCUUUCUACUAUCUCGUACCUCUCUAAACAUCUUCCUAUAUUUACAAAUAACAUCGCGAGUACGAUCGUCGAUUUUUUUUUUCUUCAAAAAACCGAAUCCCGAUCCGCGAUCGAACCGGUUCCAUUGAGGAUUUUUUCCCUCAUUUACAAAAAUUGGCGCGUUUUUUUGCCCCUCGUUAAAAAUCAUCGUUCGUUUUUCCGCGAUUAAAAUGUUUCUACUCGAGUUAUGGUAAAUUCGUUGGACGUGUUUAAAACUGUUUUAAUAAUUAGUUUGGUGUCGAAUGCAGAAGAUAUUCGCGUUAUUAGUACAAUAAACUACCAUGAUUAUGGAAUCGACGAUGGAUUCAUCUGCUUCGACUGCCAGUGAUCGUAGCAGCAACAUGUCUUGUUCGCCGACACCUCCGAAAGUUGCCAUAACGCCUCCUUCAGUCGGUGGCCAAAGUAGUCCCGGGAUGACCUCGUCGACAGCCGGAAGAAUGUCUCAAAAUAGUCCAAUUGUCUCGGCUCACCAGCUCAACAGUCCGCCUCACGUGUCAACACCUACGUCUCUGGGUCAUCGGCUGACUGCACCCCAUGGCAUGCCACCCUUACCUAGUCUGGGGUUAUUGAGCUCGCUAUCGAAUAUGGUGCAUCAUUCGCCGAUGGAUUUGAUGUCAGUAUCGCAUCAUCAUUCGGCUCCACCGAGGUCGUACAACAGUCCUCCACCUAUCAGCACCUCCGAUCCGACAGCCAACGAAUGCAAAUUGGUCGAUUAUCGGGGUCAAAAAGUGGCCGCUUUUAUUAUCCAAGGCGAUACCAUGCUAUGUCUACCUCAAGCCUUUGAAUUGUUCUUGAAACAUCUAGUCGGCGGAUUACAUACUGUUUACACAAAGUUGAAACGAUUGGAUAUCGUUCCUUUGGUCUGCAAUGUCGAACAGGUCCGCAUCCUUCGAGGCUUAGGGGCUAUCCAACCUGGAGUCAACAGAUGUAAAUUACUUUCGUGUAAAGAUUUCGAUGUACUUUAUAGAGACUGCACAACCGCCAGGUGUAUGAUGUCUCACAAAGCAACCGACGGUAAUGCUCUACUAUUUCGCAGCUCCAGGCCUGGCCGGCCUCCCAAGAGAGCGACAUCUGUCGGCCUGUCAAUCGCCGCCAACCAUCUAAAUCAGCUUAAAAAGCAUCGAGAAAACGGAGACUACAUCGGCAGCUACGAAAACGGCCACGUAAACGACGGUCACCUGAAACUAGAAAAAUCACCACUGUUAGCCAACGGCUACAAUCAUCCUCCGACGCAUUUAAACCACAUGCAACAAUUUAUGCAAUUCAAUCACGCAGCAGCCGCCGCUCUGCUCAAUCAUUCCGGCUUACCUCCACCUCAUCCAGCUCUUUCCAGACCUCCUCACGAUCCUUCUUCGUUACUAAAAGGACCACUGCCACCAGCCGCCGUAGACGCAUUAAGAUCCGGUUUAUGGGAAAAUUGCCGAGCCUACGAAGAUAUAGUCAAACAGAUAGAAAGCAGAAUUAGAGAAGAACGACACGAUGUCGAAAGAGUCCUAUCACUGGAAAAUAAACCACGAGAUUUAAGUAGUUCGCAUAAUGGUUCUUCAGAAGGCCAUAGUCCAGUAUUGAAUUUAUCCAAAGGCGGAGGCGAUCACAGCGAAAGCGAAGCAGACCAGAUCGCAGCCGGUCACGAUGACGUUGACGACGAAGUAGACAGUGUUUCCGAUGCCGAAGAUAACGACGACGAUAAAGAUCAAGAUCUAAGCGACGGCGGCGAUAUGGCCGGCGGUAACAGUAGUAUCCCAGGCAGCGAUUCAUCACCCCGUAGCGGGGCUCUCAAUUAUAGUUCAGCUUUAAAUGCUAGCAGUAAUUCGACGGCCAACUUUAACCAAAAUUCUGCUUCCAUUGAAUCGUUAUUUUCAAAUAUACGAGAAAUUCUCAAAGUGGCCGCCGACAGCGCUAUACAAAAAGAGAGACAGAUUAAUUACGAGAAAGCCGAAAUGAGAGUAGAACUCUUGAAAGAACGUGAAAUUAAAGAAAGUCUCAACCGCGAACUAUCUCACGAACAAAAAAAGAGAGUUGACUUUCAGAAAAGAUAUAAGAAGGAAAAGGCGACUAGGAGACGUUUACAAGAUCAAUUAGAUCAUGAAAUGAAACGAAGAAAUCAACUAGAAGAAGCAAUUAAAUCGACUACGUCCAAUACCGAAGUUUUACGAUUAUUAAAUGAAUAUGUAACCUACGAUCGGGAACGCGACAAAGAGAAGGAGAAAGAGAAAUCCGAACGUGUACCAACGACCAGCGAACAACUCCAAGCCGUCUCCGAGGCGAUUAGCAGCGGAGUAUUUAAUGGUAGCGGAGGAGGUAGUGCUAGCAGCGGCAGUAGUGGUGCAUCUCAGCAUCAAUCAUCAUCCACCGAUACUCCGAACGAAAAGUCUUGGAAUUAUUCCGCCUUAGAUCUCAUUUCCAGCACUGGAGCUGCAUUUUGGACAAAUUAUCCUGAAUUAGCCCAAGAAUUAGAAUUAAAAGCCAGGCAACAGGCAGCUCAACAAAACGCACAACAAGUCGGUGCAGCGCAUUCCGAUCGUUCUGGUUCGAAAUCACCGAUACAAGAUUCUACUAGAUCGGCGAGUUAUUACAAAAAUUCAGUAUUAUUUAGUACAGCUACAUAAAUCUCUUAUGAAUAUACAAUCAAUUCGUCACGGUGCAUCUUCUCUUACUUAAAUACCUAUACAUACAUAAUAAGCGCGACAGAAAUAUACUUUUUUUUUGUCUUCUUCUUGUACGAAAAACGAAAAAAGAAAAGUCGAAAAAACACGUAUUGUCGGUUUUUUUUCCUUCUUUAUAAAUAGUUUUCCUCCGAUUUAUACAUACCUACAUACAAACGCUAUUAUAAAUAAAGCUAUCUCGAAAAUUAUGUAAUAAUUUGUAUUUAUACGGAUAAUUUGUACCUUAUUAUAAUAAUUCAACAACCCGUUAAUUUUAUACCUAAUACAUAUAGAACAAAACAAACGAAAAAACAACCGCGAGUAAAUAAUUUUAUUACUUUUUCUACAAGUACCUACAUUUAUUCUUCAAAGAAUACGAGAUGAAAAAAAAAACAAAAAAACCUGCAUUUAUACAAUAUAAAGAAAAGUAAACAAAAAAAAAAAUAGAGACAAAACCUCAUCCAUCGUCUCAUUGUUACGUACUCGAUUGUAAAAUUUAUUUAUUAAUUUUUUUUCAUAUAUUUAGAAAAUAACGUGUCUGCUUGUGUAAUCACUCUUUUAACUUUAUCGCCAAAUUUAAGAUAAAUUGAACAAAAAUUAAAUUAAAAAAAAAAAAACUCGACCUAGAAAAUGUGUAUAAUUUAUAGAUUUUAAAAACGAGAAAGUGAUAGUUGAAGCGAUUUUUUUUUCAUUAGGUUAAUAGCUUUAAUAUAUAAAAAAAAAUCGGCGAAUUUUUCCCCGAUGAAUUGUUGUUUUUAUUUUUCCUAUUUUGUUUUUUCUUUAUUAUUGUUUUUUAAUUAUUUAUUUUUUUAUUCACGUUAGGGUAUAUCGAUAUACUUUAAAAAAGUCAUGCGGUACCAUUCCGAAAGUUAUUAUAAAUAUAUUUUAAAAGUCGUGAAUAAAAAUAUAUUAUGUACUGUAUGUGUAUUUAGUAUUUUAUUUAUUUAAAAAAAUUUACAAAAAAAAACCUUUUUAUUUCCAAUUCGAAUGAAUUUUUGAAUAUUGUUUAGUCUCUCUUUCUCUCUCCCCCUUCUCUCCCCCCUUAUCUCUCGAGAAGAGAGCAUUCAUUAAUCAUUUGAAUGUACCUAUUGUAAUAUUUUUACCUGUAGUGUAAAUUAUUAGGCUACAAAAUUUUGCGAUUUGAACAAAAAUUCUAAGUUAAAAAAAAAAGUAUGAAUACAUUGUAACAAAAUAAAAAAAAUAUUAUAUUUGCCUUUA